AUGGUCAUUGCACAGAAAAAAUUAGGUUACGUAAAUUUUCUUCAUCCAUGGCGGAAAAAAGAGAGCAAGAGAAGCCGCUCCCCCCCGGCCAUCCCCGCCAACUCCAAGGUCAGCCCUUUUCCACCGGAGUUCAUAUCACACCACCCCCACCGGUGCCUCAAGUGUUGCGGCUGCUCCGCCGCGCUUCUCCUAAUCCUAGCCGUCACAACACUCAUCCUCAUGCUCACGAUCUUCCACGUGAAGCAUCCAACUGCGGCGUCGUUCAAGUUCCACGAGGCGGCCACGGAGGUGUACUACGACGGCGCGCUCGUGGGAGAGGGUAGGGCGGCGCCGGGAAAGGCGGGGCACGAAGGGUGGAUGUUUUGUUUCAAGAAUCUCAGGCAUCAUAUCUUAACUAGCUAUGUUUUGUUCAUCUCAAAUUCUCUCUCCCCUGAGGUUUCUCUUGUUGCAGAUUGCUACGACCCUUUGGAUCCCAAUGGAAACAUCACGGUCUCCUUCGACAUAUUCAAGUAUACCCUCGAUGGCUAUGUGGCAAGGGUGACCAUCCAAAACUACUAUCAGUAUCGCCACGUGGAGAAACCGGGUUGGAAACUCGGGUGGGCGUGGGCGAAGGACGAGGUUAUUUGGGCCAUAUCCGGGGCCAUUGCCACCAAACAAGGAGACUGCAAGCCUUCCACAAAUGUGAAGCCACAUUGCUGCUCUUCACAUCCAAUGAUAAUGGAGGGUUGUUGCAAUGGCGGCCGCCUAGCCGCAUGGGCCAUCAACCCCCACAUGUCUUACUCGUCCUUCGACAUCACAGUAGGCAAUUUGGACCAAAACAGGACCGCCUACCGCCGGCCCCUCAAUUUAACCAUAACGGCCCCCACACGGGGAUACACUUGUGGCACACUCCAAGAUGCUCCCCCCUCAAUCUCCUUCGUCGCUGGGGGAAUGAGGGAAGAGCAGGUUUUCAGAACAUGGAGAUCAGAAUGCACCUACUCGAGCUACAUAGCUAGCAGGACGCCGAUUUGCUGCGUGUCCCUCUCGACGUUCUACAACCCAGAUAUCACAUCGUGCCCCUCGUGCAGCUGCGGGUGUCGGGUAGCUGACCGCUCCUCGUACUCAUGCAUUAGUGAAGGUGCAAUCUCCUCAAAUAUACAAGAUGCUGAAAUAGUUAGAUGCACAGAUCACAUGUGCCCUCUCAGAGUCCAUUGGCACAUCAAGAACAACUAUGUCACACAUUGGAGAGUGAAACUAACUGUCUCUAACUACCACUAUGGGAGGAACUACUCCGAUUGGAACGUCGUCGUUCAACACCCUGGCUUCCGGGGGCCUUUCACUACCUCCGAGUUUAACAACACCAUGCUUUCAACCGUCCCAGAGGAUGCAGCUCUGUUUUGGGGAAAGGUAUUGUACAACACAGAGCUACUGCAAGGCAAUGAGUAUGAAGUGGGAUCAGUGAGUACAGACAUACUCUUGCAGAAAAAUGCAGAUGCAUUCACACUAAGGAAUGGUUGGGGGUUUCCAAGAAGGAUAUAUUUCAAUGGGGAGAGCUGUCGGAUGCCGCUUCCCGACGUGUUCCCAAUGCUGCCCAACGGAUCCCUAAGUAGAGUGCUGUGUUUACUGAAGUAG